GACUUUUGUAGGAGUGUGUAGUGGCGCGUUUUUUUGCGGGAUUAAUAGGAUUUGUUUCGUGGGUCCGCCAAAAUUUAGGAAAAAUACGUGCCACUCAAGGUGUCCCGUCCCCGCAUCAGCCCUCAAUUAAUUCCCAAGGAUCGUAACCGACCCAUGUCCGAUGUCUAACCACCCGCGAUAGGCCGAUAGAACUGUGCAAUGGAUCGCCUCGGCGCAGGGGGCGGCAACCAGCCGCCCCAUUUUCGAGGUAGGCCCGUCUCCGGUCUGGAGGCGGCGCACGCCAGCGAGUACUUCGAACCAUUUCUCAACGCUACCACUCUCAAAAACAUCCUCGGAUACCACAGGAGCAUGUGCGAAUUCUUGCAUCUUAAACCAAACGUGUUCACUCAUUUCUACCCCAAACUGAGGGCCAAUUUGACGUCGUGGCGCGCCAAGGCACUAUGGAAGCGGUUCGACGCUAGGGCGGCUCAUAAGUGCUAUGGCAAGGGUAAAUUUUGCACGGGCACCAAGGUACUUGUCAUCGGGGCGGGGCCGUGCGGCCUAAGGACUGCCAUAGAACUCCAGUUGCUCGGCGCCAAAGUGGUCGUGAUCGAAAAAAGGGACAGGCUGUCGCGCAACAACGUGCUCCAUCUGUGGCCGUUCGUUAUAGAAGACUUGCGGAUGUUGGGAGCGAAAAAGUUCUUCGGCAAAUUCUGCGCCGGCUCAAUAGACCACAUCAGUAUUAGGCAGCUGCAGUGCAUUCUGCUUAAGAUCGCGCUCCUCCUCGGCGUUGAGGUGCACACUGAAGUCAGUUUCGAAAAACUCGUCGAACCCAAUGCUACCGAAAAGACCGGAUGGAGGGCGGAAUUCAAACCGGAAAACCACCCUGUGUCGCAGUAUGAGUUUGACGUCAUAAUCGGCGCAGACGGCAAACGUAACACGCUGCAGGGUUUCAAACGGAAAGAGUUUCGAGGCAAACUGGCCAUAGCUAUAACCGCCAAUUUUAUCAAUAAGAAAACAGAGGCGGAGGCGCGGGUCGAAGAGAUCAGUGGGGUUGCCUUCAUUUUCAACCAGAAAUUCUUUAAGGACCUGUAUGAGGUCACCAGGAUCGAUCUGGAAAAUAUAGUUUACUACAAGGACGACACGCAUUACUUCGUGAUGACCGCAAAAAAGUCCAGUCUGCUCGAGAAAGGAGUCAUAAAGCAGGAUUUGGCCGAUACCGAGAAGCUGCUGGCCCCCGACAACGUAGACCGUGACGCGUUGCAAAAUUAUGCGCGCGAGGCGGCCGAUUUCAGUACUAAUUACCAGAUGCCCGACCUGGAAUUCGCCGUGAACCACUACGGACAACCGGACGUGGCCAUGUUCGAUUUUACGUCGAUGUACGCGGCCGAAUACGCGUCCAAAGUGUUGGAAAGGAACGGUCACAGACUGCUUAUGAUAUUGGUGGGGGACAGUUUACUAGAGCCCUUUUGGCCAACGGGUUCGGGUUGCGCUCGCGGCUUCCUCUCGUCCCUUGACGCCGCCUGGGCCAUUCGUAGCUGGUCGAUGGGUACGAUCACCCCAUUGGACGUGUUGGCCGAGCGGGAAUCGAUUUACCGGCUGCUGGCGCAGACCACCCCUGACAACCUGAACAAAGAUUGGAAAUCGUACACGCUGGAUCCCGCCACGCGUUACCCGAACCUCAACAAGACCGUAGUGCUGCCCCACCAAACCGUCUGUCUCUACGACACAGAUAAUCCUCAGAACAUUGACAAGAUGAAGAGGAGUUCCUUGGAUGCGAGGAGCGAGUUGCCCAAAAAACGACGUCGCGGAAACGUGGACCGGGACAUAUUGCUCAAUUGGCUGACGGAGCAGCUGCGAGAGCUGGAAGGGGUGGGCGUGACUGACUUGGAGUCGGUGUUCAAGGACGGCAAAGUGCUGUGCGCGUUGAUACACCACUACCGACCCGAUCUCCUAGACUAUGGCGCGUUAAAGGACAGCGAGCCUGCGCAGAGGAAUCAAUUGGCCAUGGAUAUAUUGGAAAAGGACCUGGGUAUACCGCCGAUAAUGACUGGGGAAGAAAUCACCAACACUGAAGACUACCUGGCUCUCGCUUCGUACUUGACGCAGGUGUACGAUACGUUCAGGGGCGAGAUACCUCACAUCAAGCAUCCCAAACUGGAGCUGCCGCCUGAGAGCCACAAGCGGUCAGAUUUUAGUUUCAAGUCGAUCAGAACGUACCAACCGUCUCUGCCGACGGUAGCACCGGUAACGUCCAGGCCGUCCAGCCGGCAUAAGCGCCACGCGGACGUUAUGACCACCAAAGUGGGCAGUUUGGAAAAAAAGCAAAGAAAGCGUCGGACCCUCGAACGUGUCGGUCCCAGCAUUGUUGAGAGGCAGAAGGUGUUGGAGGAAAUAGCGUCGAACCGUGCCGACAGGCAGAGCAAGCGUAAGCAGCAAAGGCGGAGACAGACCGAGCAGUUCCUAAAAAGUAUGCAGAUGCUGCAGGCGAACGCGAAACCGGACCACUCGCAACCGUUCGAGGACUACUCUAUAUUCUUGUACCGGCAAACCGCGCCCAAGUUCGAGGACCGCGUCAAAGACCUGGAGAAACAGUUCACAUACGUUCCCGACCAUGAAAACCGUGUUACCGGGUUAAAACCUCAAACUAACACCAACGCCGACGAAGAUAUCGCGUCGAAGAUCCGAAGUUUGGAGGACAAGUGGACGAACCCGCAGCCGACUGAGAAGAAACCCAAAGACCUGUUGAGAGCCAUCGGAAAAAUCGAAACGUCCGACUGGAACAUAAAGGAAAUCGAAAAGAAGAUCUUGGAAAACAAAAUCGGCAAACCGUCGUCCGCAAACAAAGACAAGGAGAGGGUGCCCAAGUGGAGCCGCGAGGAGUUCCGAGCCAGGCAGACUAAGAUGGAGAAGAAGCACUUGGACAGGCAGGACAGUAACGAAGCCAAAUAUGCCGACAUCGACAAGAACAUAAAGCAGCUUGAUCUCAAACUCAAAGAGGGCACCACUAGGGAACUCGGGCAAAACAAGGUGGCCUCCAUCACUCAAAAGCUGGUGAGCAGGGUGCCUGUCGACGAAACCAAACCUGCGGUAGAAAAACCAUCCCCGAAGGCCCCAUUUAAUUUGCCGCCGCAGAAGGCGUCAGAGUUUUGCCACUUUUGCAGCAAACGCGUAUACCUGAUGGAACGUCUAUCCGCCGAAGGAAGGUUCUUCCACCACGGAUGCUUCAAGUGCCAGUACUGCCACACGCAGCUGCGCCUCGGUUCCUACACGUUCGACAGGGACGGGCAAUACGGUCAUAGGUUCUUUUGCAUCCACCAUUACGGCAUGCAGGGGGAACUGCCGCAACCCAUUCGCGUCGCGAGGAAGCCGUCCCAACGAGGCCUUCCCGAAGAGAAACGCGCCAACGACAAACAGCUGUCGGGUGUGUCCGGUGUAGAUUUGCUGGACAGAGUCAAAACUCCCGAGCGAAUCGAGUUUUCCAACUUGUCGACGGGCAACAUAUCGUCGGACCAUGAGGAGCCGUUAAGUCAAAUGGACGAAGACGAAUGGACGGAUAAAAAUUUUGGCGCAUCGUGCGCCGAACUGGACGAUAGUGACGACUCAUCGUCGAGCUUGAGCGACACCGACAGCGAUGACGAGGACGCGUACGACGACGCGUUGGAGGAACCCGCUACUAAAGAGGGCACGAUGAAGUGGGCGGAGCGACUGAAGAACAGCUACAGGAAAGGGCGCGGUUCUUAUUCAGACGGCUACAGUAGCUCGGAUCACUCGAGUUACUACGAAAACACCAGCGACGACUCAGACUCAGAGACGGCGACGGAGGGCGAGGAAGAGAUCCGCGCGAGGGAGCUGCGCAAGAAGGAGGUUUGCGUCGACCCGCCGGUGCCGCAGACCGACACCGGCACGGAUACCGAGAUCGUGACCGACGAAUCUAGCUCGGACUCGUCCAGCGAAAUACGCAAUUCUGCUACGGAAAUUUCGACCGAUUCGGAAUUCGCGCAGGACGACCCCACUCCGACAAGGGAGAUACCUUCCAUCGUAUUCAACGACUUCUAUGUAACAAAAACGAGAGGUUCCGGUGCGCGCAACUACCCCAAAAAAAUCCAAGUGACCAGCGGAUACCUCCAAAGACCCACCAAAGAGAAAUCCAAGCCCAACAUCGAACUCAAAUUGACUCCUCUGGUGCCGUCGACGUCCGUCUUCAAAAAACCUGCCCUGUUACCCCGGACCGAAGGUUACGCGUUAAAUCGGACUCAAAGCACGGGAGGUAUCGCCGCCAAAGUUUCCUUGGAACUGAAAAAGAAGUACUUAUUAGGGGAGAACGGCGCCGGCAGCAUCCAGAAAUCCGGAAGCGCGUCCACGCUCGAUACCAAGUUCAAGUCGUUCCAAACCACCAUUUCCGACUGCCAGAAGUUGCUCAAACCAGCGACCGAAGUGAGCGCGAGCAUGCAGAUGUUUUGCAGCAAGUUGGACGAGAGACACUCGCCCCUCGCCUCGCCCCAAUCUUCGGUGUUUUUCGCCAACAAAAAAGAAGAAUCACUACCGCCACCAGACAUCACGAUCACCACCACCGUGGAGAAAACUGAUCGAGAGGAACACUCUUCGGAUAGCUUGUCUGUGUCCAGCAGCGAUAACGAGGAAGCUAAAGCGCCAUUCCAGUUCGACAACAUCCCUCGCGUGGAAGUUCACCAUGCCGACCAUAAAGAAGAAACCCUGCUCGAUUCCCUCUCAGAAGUUGUCCGAAAAGAGGAACCGAGCCAGGAGCACGGCAAGUCUGUCGGAAGCGAUAAGAAAUCGUUGAAUGGGCCCAAAUCCCUUCCCGAUCUCGAGGGCGCCCUGCCCGAGAUUCACCAGGCGCUCCAUGUGAAAAAAUCCGACAAGGAAGACUCGCCCGAGGAAAACAGAAGCUUGAAGAACGCGAGCGGCAAGAGUUCCCCGACCGCACUGACGGAAACCGAACUGUCCGACUGGGCUCGGGACGGGAACGUCUCCGACGACAUGGAGUUUGAUUUCAGUCACGGCAUAGGUAAGAACAAACUGCAGGAGACUACGAAACCCGGCGGCGUGACGUCGACGGGCGUCCUGGACGCGAACCUAGAUAGUAUUGAAUUUAUGGACUACGGCACAGAGACGAGCAGUGAUGACGCCGUGGUCGACAGUCAGAAUGGCUACGUUCUUUUCAAGGACGAGGACGAGCUGGCGGAAGAUAGUCUGGCGCCGAACGUGUGUGAGAUUUUGGAAGCCAAGAACGUUUACUUGACCCAAAUGACAGACCAGCGGUAUGGCGGCGAGGUAAUCGACUUGAAACCGACCGAUUUGGAAAAGAUGAAACGGCAACCGCGCACGGAACCAGAAGACGACAGUCUUUUAAUCAUCGAGACCGGCAACACGACGGAAGAGAAUACUUGCAGUGAUUCGACGGUUAAAAAUCUGACAGAAAUAUCGGCGAACAAGGAUAAACCGCAGCCUUUGAAGCUCGAGAACUUCCAGAAGCAGAGGCUCGAGGAGAAAUUGGCUAUGGUCAAGGCCGAACAGGCCCUGCUGAAGGAGCAGAAGAUGAAAGAGAACUUGGAGUUUAACGAGCACUGCCAGAGGCUGCAGUCGAAGAUCGAGUUCGGUAACGCGAGGGAUUCCAUCGACAUCAGAAAAUCGCGGCGGAAGAGUCGCACCGAGUUGCCGUCGAUCGCCGCAGUCAAACCAGACUUGAUACAAGAGGAGGAGAACAGACCGGUACCAUCGAAGGAAAUAACUUUGGACCUGAAAUCGGCCGUCCAAACACCUGACUUGUUGUACAAGAAAGAGAACAUUAAGAAGGAGCGCGACGACAACCAGAGGUUGAUCCAGGAGAUGGUGAUGAAUAAAAUGAAGGCAGAAAACAAGAGUCUGGAACGAAAGAAAAGAAACCGCUUAGGAGUAAACAACAUGAGCCCGUCCAGAUCGCAAGAGCAAAAGACGGAUAUCGUUUCCCAGAUCAACAGGAGCAAUUUGGAGAAAAGUUUGAAAUCCACUCCAGACUUGCUGUCAAAUUCCAUCCCUUUACAAAAUUCUCAAACAGUUAAUAAAACGCUGAACAACACCAGGCCGCUGAGUGUGUUCUCUACGUUCACGGAUGUUAAGCGGGUCCAAGACAUGAGUGUCGAAAAAGGUAGCCUGCCGGAUAUACGCAAGAACUUGUUUGCCGAAGCGCCGAAGGCCCCGCCCAGAUACAACAGGCCGUCGGAUCCUAGCAGAACGGCCGAAAAAUUAAAAGAGAGCGCUAAAGCUCGGGCCAAGCUGUUGUCGAACGAGGAUCUCGGACUGAGUCCCGAAGACAAGCUUAACAAGUUGCGGGACAAGUUCAGCCGGAAAAAUAAAGACGAAAACGUUAUUCCUCUGAUACAGGAAAGCAUAGAGUCGCUGGUAAUCAACACGGAGCGGCGGAAUUCCUUGUUGUACGCGAAGGACACCCUAAGCAAGAAACGCAACGGCUCUUUUAGGCGGUCCAAAAGCCGCGACGAAGAGGGCAAAGCUGCGGAGUACACGAAAGCCGAUUACGACGAAUACCCGACUAGGACAAAGUCCGUGUCGGAGUUUCCCAAGGCCGUUAGGUGCGGCGAGCAAAAAGACGGUGAAAAGAAGAUUUGCAAGUCGGAUCCCAAUCUGUUGGAUGCAGCGCCCCAAUUAAGAAAAAAAUGCAAAGACAGGGAGAGGCGGAAGAGCAUCACCAAACUCAUUGCCAACAUAUUCACCAAAAAGAGUCCCACCGGCAACGGGAAUAAGGGACUCUUCGCGAGAUUAUCGCCGAAAACAAAAUCGGUUUCGAAGUCUUGCACGGAGUUGGACAUGAUAUUACGCGAAAUUGCAAGCGAGGAUCCUCAGAGGAGGAACAGCGUUUCCGAGAAAAUCGCCCCCAAGAGGGAGUCAACACCACCACCGGUGCCACCUUUACCCAGUAAUUACACCGUCAAAGGAACUGAUGAAAGCUCCGACGCUGAACCGGAAUGGCGCAGGCUGGAUCAGAGUUCAUGCGACACCCUGGACAAAUCGGGCAUUCUGGAAACGUCGACGUCCAGUUUGACAGGCCGCAAGGGCGGCAAACACCGUCGGCAAUCGAGACAAGCACAGCUCAAAAGACAUCGGAUGGCUCAAGAGAUUCAACGGAAACUGGAAGAGACUGAGGUAAAGACCAGAGAGUUGGAACAACGAGGGGUUUUAGUGGAGAAGGCUUUGAGAGGCGAAGGUGCAAAUGAGUGCAUGAAGGACGAAUCUGAAUUGUUACAAGAGUGGUUCGAUCUGAUGAAGGACCGAACGGAACUGAGACGUUACGAGAAAGAGCUGAUGAUACGGGCGCAGGAACUGGAACUGGAGGAUCGUCACGCUCGAUUGCAGGCCGAGCUGCGGGAAAGGCUCGAGGCCGGCACAAGCAAGACAGAGCAAGACACCCAAACGGAACAGGGUAUCAUAAACGAAAUGUUGGAUAUUGUCGCGAAACGCGACUCGCUGAUCGCGGUUCUCGAAGAGGACAGAGUGAGAUAUUCCACCGAGGACAAAGACUUGGAGGAGCAAAUGCUCACCAAGGGGUUAAUGCUGACUCCUAUUGCGAAGACUUCAGAUAAAUAAAUAUUUACUUAAUAUACUUUUUAAAGAUUUCAUUCACGAUUAGCCGGGCCU